CUUUCCUUGGUAAACUCUAUGGGGCAGUUCUGCUCUGUCCUAUAGGGUCGCUAUGAGUCGGAAUCGACUCUAUGGCAACGGUUUUUUGUUGUUUUUUUUUUAACGGGUUGCUCAGUCGCCUUCCUGGGGUGGCCCUGUACCGGAAGUUUGGCGCGGGUGGUUGCUGAAGACUGCUGGGGCCUGGCAGUGUCAGGAUGAGGCGGGCGGGGGAAGCCUUUGGAGCCGGGGCCGGAGGGGGAAGACGCACGGCGGCUCUAGAGCACCCCCUGAAAGCCACACUGCGGAAGGGGUUCCAGCUUCUCCAGGGUUUGGAGAAGAAGAAGCCUCCAGCCAUGCGUCUCUCUGCCCUGCUGGCCAUGGCAUCCAAGGUCACUCUGCCUCCCAACUACCGCUAUGGGAUGAGCCGCCCAGGCUCAAUGGCAGACAAGAGGAAGAACCCUCCCGGGACCAGGCGGCGCCCAGUGGCUGUGGAACCUAUCUCUGAUGAAGACUGGCAUCUGUUCUGUGGGGACAUGGUGCAAGUCCUAGAAGGGAAGGAUGCCGGGAAGCAGGGCAGAGUGGUUCAAGUGAUCCGGCAGCGAAACUGGGUUGUCCUGGAGGGGCUGAACACACAUUACCGCUACAUUGGCAAGACCAAGGAUUUCCGGGGAACCAUGAUCCCUAGUGAAGCCCCCCUGCUUCACCGCCAAGUCACACUUGUGGAUCCUGUGGACAGAAAACCCACUGAGAUAGAAUGGAGGUUCACGGAAGCGGGAGAGCGAGUACGGGUCUCCACGAGAUCAGGAAGGAUUAUCCCCAAACCUGAAUUUCCCAGAGCUGAUGGAAUUGUCCCUGAAACAUGGACUGAUGGCCCCAAAGACACAUCAGUGGAGGAUGCUCUCGAAAGAACCUAUGUGCCCCGUCUAAAGACACUGGAGGAGGAGGUGAUGGAGGCAAUGGGGAUCCAGGAGACCCGGAAACACAAGAAAGUCUACUGGUAUUGAGCUUGGGAAGAGCAGCUUCUCCCCCACUGCUGUCUUGGCCUUGGAGGCUGGGGUCACCUCUUCUCCAGACUCCAAUAAAGAGCCGUGAGUCCUCCUCUGUGUGCAACUGCUGUCUUCUGGUAGACUAGUACCCCCCAAUCCCAAUGUACCCCGGUUUUAGAGAUUGACAGGUGAGAGCAUCUGACCUGAUAUGACAGAAUCUGGAUGGAAAUUAGCCAGGCUUAAGAAGGCCCUCCCAAGGGCUUAUGGAUUCUGGGAUGGGACCAAAGGGAGGAAACGGUUCCCUUCGUGGAGACUGUCGAGUAACAGAAGAUACCACCUAAACCCCG